GCCCAUCCGACUCGCUAUGCUCCGCUUGACUCUCCUGGCGGUCUUUACGCUGCCGGCCGUGGUGACAUUCGUCGCCGCGGUGUCCUCGCAGUCGUACACCUGGAAGAACGUGAAGAUCGGAGGCGGAGGCGGCUUUGUGCCUAACAUUGUCUUCAACCCGUCUCAGAAGGGGCUUGCGUUCGCGCGUACUGACAUUGGCGGCGCGUACAAGCUCAAUGCUGACGACUCUUGGACACCCCUGCUUGACUUUGUAGACGAUGCUCGCUGGAACUACUGGGGCGUUGAUGCGAUUGCUACUGACCCCGUAGACCCCAAGCGUCUCUACUUGGCGACGGGAAUGUACACCAACUCUUGGGACCCCAACAAUGGACAAAUCUUGAUCUCUACUGACCAGGGCUCGACCUUCACUCCAUCGGUCCUCCCGUUCAAGGUCGGCGGCAACAUGCCCGGUCGCGGAAUGGGCGAGCGACUUGCGAUCGACCCCAACAGCAACAACAUCCUGUUCUUCGGCGCGCGCAGCGGAAACGGUCUCUGGAAGUCAUCCGACUUUGGUGCGACUUGGACCCAGAUCAAGAAUUUCCCGAAUGUCGGAACGUACGUUCCGGACCCUACGGACACCUCAGGAUACAACAACGACAUCAUGGGACUGUCCUGGGUGACCUUCGACACCACCUCCGGCUCGUCCGGAAAGGCGACGCCCCGCAUCUUCGUCGGCGUCGCGAACAAGGGUAGCGACAACAUCUUCGUGUCGAGUGACGCGGGUGCGACCUGGAAGGCGGUCCCCGGACAAAACAACACCUUCAUUCCUCACAAGGGUGUCCUGUCUCCCGCUGAGAAGGCUCUGUACAUCUCGUACUCCGACGGCGCAGGACCUUACGAUGGCACGAUGGGAAGCGUCUUCAAGUACGACUUGACUGCUGGAACUUUCACCGACAUCACUCCCGUUUCUGGAGGCGAUCUGUACUUCGGCUUCGGUGGUGUCGCCGUCGACGCACAAAAACCCGGCACAAUAAUGGUCGCCGCGCUCAACUCCUGGUGGCCAGAUGGGCAAAUCUUCCGCUCUACAGACGGCGGAAAGACCUGGACCGGUCUCUGGGCAUGGCAGUCGUACCCAACGCUGAACCGCUACUACACCUACGACGACACGCUCGCACCAUGGAUUGGCCCGGACCUGACUUCCUCGGACCUCGUCAUGCAGAUCGGCUGGAUGAUGGAGGGCCUCUCCAUCGACCCCUUCGACUCGAACCACUGGCUCUACGGCACGGGCGAGACCAUCUACGGCGGGCACGAUCUGCUCAAAUGGGACACCGCCUCGCGCAACAUCACCCUCAAGUCGCUCGCCGACGGCAUCGAGGAGACGUCCGUGCAGGGUCUGAUCUCGCCGCCCGUGGGCGCCCAUCUCAUUUCCGCAAUUGGUGACGUCGACGGCUUCGUCCACACGAGCCUGGAUUCGGCGCCGCUGGUCUCGUACACGAACCCGACCUAUUCGAGCUCUUCCGACAUCGACUACGCUGGCAACGUCCCGGCUACCAUCGUUCGGAUCGGAACGACCACGGACGGCUCGCAAGGGAAGCAGGUUGCCAUCUCGACCGACUCUGGCGUGACUUGGUCGCAGGACUACGGCGCACCCGACGACGUCGGUGGCGGCAAGGUCGCACUCUCGGCCAACGGCGACACCGUGCUGUGGAAGACCUCCAGCAACGGCAUCAUGGUCUCGCAGUACACGAACCCCUUCGCCGCAGUGGCGUCGCUUCCGUCCGACGCGGCCAUCGCGUCCGACAAGAAGAACAACUCCAUCUUCUACGGCGCGUCCGGCUCGAAGUUCUUCGUCUCCACCGACGGCGGCAAAACGUUCGCGGCGCAGGGCAGCCUCGGCUCGUCGACGUCGCCAUUCAGGGUCAUCGUCCACCCGAACGUGACCGGGGACGUCUGGGUGUCUACCGACAAGGGCCUCUUCCACUCGACGAACACCGGCGCGAGCUUCACCGCCAUCUCCGGCGUCUCGCAGGCCUGGUCCAUCGCCCUUGGUGCGCCGAAGACUGCGGGCGGGUACCCUGCCCUCUUCGCGGCGGCCAACAUCGGCGGCGUGGGCUACUUCCGGUCGGACGAUGCUGGGGUCAACUGGGUGAAGGUCAACGAUGCUGCGCACGGCUUUGGAUCGGCGAGCGCGAACGUGCUCGCUGCUGAUCUCCGCGUCUACGGCCGGGUAUUCGUUGGAACGAACGGACGCGGUAUCUUCUACGGAGACGUAGCCGGUUCCGCCCCUGCCCCCACUGCAACUGCCCCCGCCUCGACAGUGUCCGCCCCCGCACCAUCCUCCACGAAGCCUGUGUCAACCUCCGCACCUGCGUCUACUACGGCUUCCUCAGCCCCCGCCACUUCGGCUCCUGCCAGCUCCCACACUUCGGCGCCCGCCACCUCGCCAGCCUCAGCUCCAGCCUCGACACCGACCGCCCUGGCACCGGUCUACGGCCAAUGCGGAGGGCAAAACUGGACGGGACCCACGGUCUGCGCCGCGGGUUCGACUUGUGUGACGCAGAACGCAUUCUACUUCCAGUGCGUCCCCUCCUAAACGCCCAUUGGAUCCUGGAAAAACAUUUCAAGCAUAAGUUGGGCGGCAUGGGACUGCUGGUGCAGAGCGGGUUUACCGAAACCCUGGAUCCACGUACAGAUAAUGAACUACAUGCCACGGAUUCGAGGGUAUAUCCAGGAAAUGUUACGAGUUCUUCCACUC